UCUUUUAGGUCAACGAUGAGAAUUAGGGUUUCAUGUAUUGAUGGGUAUCGGAGAAUCUGUGAAUAAGCAAUGAUUUGUUGCAGGGGGAUUCGGUUUUCCGUCUCGUUGGAUGGCGCACCGAAGCUGUUAAACUUUGCAUUCUGGGUACAAUCGGAGCGACCUGAAUUAUAGGAGGUGGAGGUACACGAGAAGAAUCGGUGUGAAAAUUGUGGUUAGAACUUGUGGGUGUGCUGUUUCUUGAAGGUAAGGAGCUUGGAACGUGUUGUUGUGGUUGAGGUGAAGAUGGAUUUCUGCCCCACCUGUGCGAACCUGCUGUUGGUGGAGAAUCCCAGCAUGGGUCGUCCGCUUCGCUACUUCUGCCCAACUUGUCCAUACGUUUACGUCGUCGACCGCAAGAUUAGCAAGAAGUUGAAAUUGAAGAAGAAAGAGGUUGAUGAUGUCCUCGGUGGAGAGGAUGCCUGGAAAAACGUUGACCGCACCACAGUUACAUGCCCAAAUUGCAGCUAUGGGCAGGCCUACUUCAUGCAGAUUCAAAUCAGGUCUGCGGAUGAGCCUAUGACAACUUUCUACAAAUGCUGCAACAUUGAUUGUAAUCACCGAUGGAAGGAGAAUUGAUCUUUAUAUGUGAAUAUCACGUCCUGCGACAUUCAUUUAGGCUGGAGGAAUGUUUUAUGCGCAGUGUCCGGGAGAAUUUUGUGAAAUACCGGUUGAGAGACUUUUUCAUGUUGUGUUAUGUUAUUUUAUCUUAUUAAAUAGUAGCCCACCUGCUCCAUCUCCUUUGUUGUCUGGGAUAUUGGUUAGGAUAAGGUUUUAUUUUUUAAAUUUUUAAGGGGAAUUAAUCCAGCUCUUUCCUAUAAUUGGCAAAUUUGGCAUUGUACUAGGGGUUGGUGCUCUCUGGACAUUGUUUUUGUGCAUACACAACGUAAGAUACAUUAAUAGAUUCUAGAGCAAGAUCAAUGUAUUGUAAAAUUUUCAUUUCUUCUUAACACCAACUUCUUCUGAAAAUAUUUGCAUA